AUGGCGUCGACGCAGACUCCCAGCAAGUACGUCACUCUUGUGUCGGGUGACGGCUUUGAGUUUGUGGUGCUGCGCGAGGCUACCAUGAUCAGCCCGAUCAUCAAGGGCAUGCUCGAGCCCAGAAGCCAAUUCGCUGAAGCACGAGAUGCUCGAUGCGUUUUCCAAGAAAUGAGUGCCGUGGUCCUCGACAAGGUGGUGGAGUACUUUCACUACUGGUACCGAUACCGCAACAGCGAGGACGUACCCGACAUGGAUAUACCGGUCGAGAUUUGCCUCGAGGUGCUGGCGGCGGCAGACUACCUGGGUCUGGACCAGUAA